GGAAACUUCUUGGUGGGAACAAAAGUGGAUGUCGUGAAACAAGUUCUCUUCAGAGAGGAAUCAACAGCAAAGGAGUGCAAGACAUUUUGGGGAAAAGAGGGAGCCGAACACAAAGAGAGUAGAAGAACUUCAUUUUCUAGAGAAUCAAGAUGCACAACUUUACCCUCCUCCUGCUGGCCUUGUUGGUGGACUUCCUGUUAGCCGUUUCUUUGAACCCGGUAUCAUCUAAACCUCCUGUCACAAAAACCCGCAUCCGCUACAUCGGUGUACUUGACGACUACGAUGAAGAAGAAACCCCCAUUUCAAAAGUCCCAGAACAGGCUGGGGCCACUACCACUCAGUUUAUCCCUCUGAAGUGUGAAUAUGACCCUUGUGUGGUUCCCAAGGUUCCCUGUUCUGUGGUUGCUGCACAAACUAAGUGCUACUGUCCUGGAAUUACUGGUCCGGAUGAGCUGCCUACAGCUCCAGAGAUCAAAGAGUUGAAACAGGGAGCAUCUGGACUGGUGGAGAUCCAUUGGUGUGCACCACAAUCCACCGUCUCCUACUACAAAAUAAUCAUAGAAGGCAGCCACGAGCAACAAAUUUUCAGCAAUUCUUCCCGUACUGGGUUGGUGCAGGGAGUAAUGGUUGGGUCACGAGUUUGUGUGCUGGCAGGGAAUAAUGUCGGAUUCAGCGCUGAAUCAGAAAUAUCUUGUGCUCUCUUUGAGCCUCAUAAGUCCAAUCAGGCCCCCGAAAUGUCAUGGGUCAUCGCUGGGGGCAUCAGCCUUUUGGUGCUAGCCUUGGUGUUGGCUGUGGUGUUGCUGUGGAGAUGGAGGAGGGGUAGGAAGAAUGCGAGCAUGGAUGGUGAGGGACUACGAAAUCCAUCCUACACCACAAAUGAAACACUGUGACUGAAAUUUAAGGUACUCAUUUAGAUGAUUUGCGUGAGUAGACUCUGGGGAAGGUUCUUAGAAGCAUUAACAAACAUAUGCUUUUAAACAACACUUGCAAACCAUGCAUGAGGCAUGCUUAAAAGGACAGUGGGGAAAGCUUGAGGACAAUACAGACAAAAUCACUACCAAGAACCGAACAAGACAGACUUCAUACACCAUGGACAAAACACUGGGAUGGGACAGGGACAAAUUUGAAGCCCUACCAAAGGAAAGUCAGACUGCAAAUAAGGACAUUAACCAUGUGAGAUUCUACAGUCCUCAUAAAAGGAUAUUGUUGUUUUAUCAAACUAUGUCCUUGACUUUGAAGACAUUAGUAUCUAUAGUUAUCAGAAGCUAGUUAAUAUAAGUAGGGAGAAUAUUGAAAAGACAGACAUCUUAUUUUGGGUUCUCAAGAGGAUAGCUUAGACCAGGAGUCUUCAAUCUUAUCCACAAAGGGGCCACACCCAAUUCCACUUCAAAAUCCAUUGCAAAAUCAGUUCAUCUUGGUUUCCAAUCACCUAACAAGUCUGCCUCCUAUUUGGUUGGAAUGAAAGGCUGCAGCCACAACAGCCCUUUACGGAUAAGAUUGAACACCUCUGACUUAGACCUUGCAUCUUCACUUCAAGAUAUCUUUCACACAGGCACAACAGGGGUGGACAGAUCAGUAGCUUAGAUGUCUGGGACAAGCAGAUAUUUUGUCCAGGCUAUUUAAUUUUUAUUCACCAGCAGGUUUGGCCAUAUCAUCUGCAAUUAUCUCAAGAGAGAAAAGAAAGACAUGUGCCACACUCAAAUAAUACUUUUUAUGAGUGGUGUGAGAACAGAACACCAUAGCUCAUAGCUGAAAUGUCAGUCAGCAAAUUGCAAACUCCUUGUCAAGGUCCCAAUCGCAAUGUGCUACGUUAAAAACAUUCAUUUCCAUUAGUCUCUAUUAAUACACUUAACUAGCAAACUAUAUACAUCAUUACAUUGCAUUAGCUACCACUUUUUAUUCUUUUCAGUUUGGUUUCUAGAUCACCAAACUGUAGGUCUGGGCAACACACUGAAGUUUUAACUUGCACAGUGAGCUAGCAAAUGAAUUUAUGAUUUGUCCACCCCUUCACAGCUUUCCAUAAUCAUCAUAUCAUGCUACUAGUUACAACCAUAAGUAUAAGUUAAUGGAAACACAGCAGUGGAUGGUCUCUGGAGGUUAUGGACAAAUUACAAAGUCUGUGGAAGUAUUCUUUCAUCACCGUUCUAAGAGAUUCCAUUCAUUGGGAAUUGAUGCACUGUAAUCUGACAGUGAAAGAAGCUCAAGGGCAAUAUACCUGUGGAGACUGGGUCAGGACAUGAAGGACAAAUCAACAUGGACUGUUAAGCAAAAAAAAAAAGGCAGCAGAAAAGAGCGGAGAACUGAAAUAACCUAAUGUACCCCUGUGUUAGCAACUGAACACUUAGCAACCCUGCUGAGACCUAGUCAACAUGUUACAUAAGUUUAAAAGGCAUUUUAAAAUGUAGUCUUUUUUUUUUUUUUUUUUUAAAGAGAUUAACUCUACUAAUGGUGCUGGAACAUCAAGGAAGACUGGAGCUUCUGUAAGGCUUUAUAGAUAAAGAUUUAGUAAAACAGAUAUUUGUAGUUGCAUAUAAAAUGCUCAUUUAUACUCUCACUCUUUUUACAUAAUAAAAUAAUUUCUUCUGAAAA